AUGAGGCAUCAAGUGGAGGAGAUGUUCUAUCAUGCGUAUGACGGUUACAAGCGAUUCGCCUUUCCACAAGACGAGCUGAAACCUCUCAGAGUUCAACUGGGGCGUGGAGUACCUUUUUCAGCAUCUCUCCUCCCCUGCCUCCGUCUGUUGCCCCUGCAUCCUCCCCUGUUGCCACCUACCACACCACAGCUGCUGGGCAACGUAUCCGAGUUCAACUGGGGCGUGGAGUACCUCUCUCAACACCUCUCUUUUGACCUGGACAUACGCGUCAACGUGUUUGAGGCCAACAUAAGGGCGUUGGGAAGCCUCCUGUCCGCCCACAUGCUUAUCCUGCAAAGCUGGGACCCCACGCUGCCACCUGUCCAUCCCUCAUUGGCCGGCGUGCACCUGGCACCUGGCUACAAGGGCCGUUUGCUGGAGCUGGCUAUUGAUCUGGGCUUCAGGGGAGUACUUCCAGACGACGUCACUCAUACAUGCACUGCUGGCGCGGGCACUCUGUUGCUGGAGUUCAGUGCGCUCUCAAACCUCUCCGGGAUUCCCAUCUUCCAGGAGAAGGCGGAGGCAGCAGUGGUUGCUCUGUACAGAAGGAGGUCGCCUCUGAACCUUGUGGGCAAUGGAAUCAGCAGCACGUCAGGUGGGAGCAACUGCUGUGAGCACCCCAGCAUUGCCGUCAGCAGGAUGGUAGUGCCACCCUGCUGCUUCCAGGUGUAUUCCGGUGCAAUGCGGUACAUGGCGGUGCGGGGGGAGUCCAUGGUGCGCUGGCUGCUGGAUGUGGGCAUAGACAAUGGGCAUUUGGGCCGGCACUAUGCCUCGUCCCUGCAGGCGUUCUGGCCUGCCAUGCAGGUAGGCAGUAAUGAGGAAGCACAAGUGCUUGUAACGGAGUGUGGGUUUGCAAGCGUUGGGGACGUGCAGACGCAUCGACUUGACGACCACAUGGAAUCGUUUCUGCUCUCGGAAACACUUAAGUACCUCUACCUCCUAUUUUCACCUCACAUUGACAUCGCCACCCGAGCACAAGGUCCCAGCAGCGCCCCCUGUGUGGUGCGCCUCGUUAACUUCCCCCCACUCAAGAAUGAGAGUCCCUCUGGGCAUCAAACGAAUGUGACUGUACGAGAGGGUGGGGAGGAGAAUGGGGGCGAGGACGAGGAGUGGGAGGGAGAGAAGAGAGAGGAGAGAGGGAAAGGAGAGAAUGGGGAGAUGGGUGCGGGGGAGAGGGUGCUUGGGAGGGGAGAGGAGGGCAGGGGGGGGCGAGGGGAGGGAAAGGACGGAAGAGUGGAGGGGAGGAGGGAAAGAGGGGAGGUGAGGGAGGAAAGAGGGAGGGGACAGGAGCUUGUGAAUACUGUGAGUGUAGACCUGCCUGCAGGGGCUGCUGAGUUUGGCCCUCUCCUUGGGAAUGAUGAUGAUGGUGAUGGUGAUGGUGAUGGUGGGAGUUAUGGUGGUGGUGGUGGUGGUAAUAGUGAUGGUGAUGUUGAUGGUGGUGUUAGUGGUGAGGGUUUUUGUUUGAAUGAUGGUGCUGUUGAUGAUGAUGUUUAUGAUGAUGAGGAUGAUGACAGUGAUGUUGAUGGGUGCGGGGAUGCUGAUUCUAACGCUGUUGCUGGUGCUGAUGCUGAUGUGGAUGCUGCUUCAGCAGCUACUGGCACCGAAACCCCUCCUCCCACCUCUCCCCCCAGCUCCAUUCUCGGAACCCUCGCAGAAGCAUCCCCUAUACAAGCGUGUGUGGAGCUCUUAUCAAAUCCUGGCGAGGUGAAAGGGCGGGUGGUGGUGGUGAUGCGAGGAGGGUGCUCCUUCCAACAGAAGGUGGUAGCAGCACAGAGAGCAGGCGCUGCUGCCGUGAUAGUUGUGAACCAUGAGUUGGGGGGAGGGGCGCUGAACAUGGCCCCUGAUGUCCCCGGUUCGGAUACAGUCACACCCGAAGGUGGGGUGUCAGAGGGUGGUGAAGGGACGGAUUCAGAUACAGUCACACCUGAUUCUGGAGUUUUGCAGGGUGGUAGUGAUGGGACGGAUUCUGAGAAAGUCACUCCCGUUGGGCAGAUGGCAGGAGGUGAUGGAGUGUCACCAGGGAAAAUAAAUCCUUUAUCGCCAACCUUGUCAGAAGAAGGAUCGGAGGCAGCAGCAGAAGGAUCAGCGGCAGGAGAAGGAUCAGCGGCAGGAGAAGGAUCAGCAGCUGGAGAAGGAUCAGCAGCUGGAGACGGAUCAGCAGAAGGAGAAGAACCACUAUCAGCAGCAGAAACACCAGGGGUAGGGGAUUCUAAUUCGGCAGUGCGAAUCCCUUCGGUAAGCCUGGGCAAUGCAGAUGGCACUCUGCUAUUGGCGUCGCACACAGUCGCAGAUUCCCGAGUAUGUGGGGAAUGCGAAUCAAUUGCACAAUUCCGUCCGUCAAGCACCCCAGCACAGCACUCAGGGGAUGUCUCCCCCUUCCCCCGCAAGUCCCGAACCCGAAUCCGAGCUUCGAGCUUCAAGGGGCGCGUUUGUGCGGUUCGCCGAGCCGCGCCCAGACCUAUACCCCGGAAACCGAACCAGACCCUUGACGCGCUCGUUCCCACCGCCCUCCCCUACCUCGCCAACCUCGGUGUUUCCGCACCGUAG